UGUAAACGUAGAUGGUUAGAAUUUGUUAGUUUUGAGAAUUGUAGUAAUGUUGAUGGUGCUUUUGCUCAUGUACUAACAUAACUCACAUUCUAUUUGGAUUUAUUUUUGUUAGUGACUAAUUAUCAUAAAAAAAAUGGAAUAGGCUCCAGUGACAACAGUGGUGUUGAAGGUGGCAUUACAUUGCCAAGGCUGCAUUGAGAGGAUUCAGAACACCAUCUUCAAGAUCAAAGGUGUUAAUGACGUGGCUAUAGACAAGGAGAAGGAAACUGUGACGGUGAAGGGAACAAUGGACGCCAAAGCUCUGGUGGGGAGCUUGACCAACAGGCUCAAGAGGAAGGUCGAAGUUGUCCCUCCUAGGAAGGACAAUAAGGAUGCUGACAAAGCUAAAGCUAAAGAGAAAGAGAAAGACAAAGACAAAGGCAAAGAAAAAGAAGGAAUUAUAGCUGGUGGAAAGAACAAGAAAAAGAGUGGUGGUGAUGGUGAUGGGGAGGGAAAAUUGAAGCAGAACAAAAUGGAGUCCCCAACAUUGAUGCCAUAUAAUGGUGGUUAUGGCUAUGACUACAACUAUGGGUCAUUUUACAUGGGACAAGUCCAUGCACCACAGAUCUUCAGUGAAGAAAAUCCAAAUGCUUGUUCUAUUAUGUGAUGAUUUGUCUUUGCCCAAGACUUACACAUUAGAAGAUGGAAAAUAAAGGAUUAUUUGUUUUCAUUUUUCUUUUUCGUUUUCCGUCUAGAAAUAGCUGUAUUAAAACUUAGAGAUAGGAUUCUGUGCCUUAAUAUAUCAAAAGGGUAUACUAUGUGAUUAAGCUAGUAGUGUUCAAUGUUUACAAAUUUGAGAGUUUGUUACCGAUGGUAUCUGAUGCACAUUGCAAAAUUGAUGAUG